AACCAUUCAUUUCAACAUCUUUCUCCUAAAGUGUAAGAGGCAUUCAAAAUAUGUUUCUCUUAAAAGGUAGCCUGUGUACUGGUAACAACUUCAGAAAAGUUGGACUAAUUCAGUCAUGUAUAAACUUGGCUAUUCAGAUAUUAUGUUUGGCAAUCCUCUUCAAAGUCGUUAUAGAAGCAUCUCCAGGCAAAAGAGGUUACUACGUUCAUGGACAUAAAAUUAAUAAAACUAAGGAAAAACCUAUCACACAUAUAUUAAUAGAUAUAAUGUUUUUCAUAGUAAUAGACAUUAUUGCUUAUUUGUGGCUAAUAUUUGGCCUUAUUAAGAGGAAGCAAAUAAUUUUAACAGGAUGGUUACUAUUCUCUGUUAUGGAGCUGGUUGUUCUACAAAUCUCAUCCUUUUACUUUGCUGUAUAUAUAACGAUUACUAGUCACUCUGGAGCUAGCGUUCUUGGCCUCAUUAUACCAAUACUGGUUACAU